AUGGCAGAUGGGCGAACUCGCUAUGCAACAGAGACUCUGAUUGAGCAAAGUGACUGGAAAAAAAAGCUGAAGAGAAGAAGAAGAGAGGAGUGCCAGAUGUCUUCUGAGAGAGAAGAGGAGAGCGGGGAGGAGAGGGGAGAGGAGAACGUGGAUGGAGAGGGUGAGGGGGAGGAGGAAAAUGAGGGAGAGGUGAGGGACAUGGAGGAGUGGAAUGGGUUUCUUUUGGAGGGAACAACAGAGAAGGGUCAGGAGGAUGACGUGUUGGUGGAGUGGAAACCUGGUGACCCUGUGACUCCUCAGUAUGUACUCAGACUAGCCGGAUACACAGAGGAUUAUCUGUGCUCUCCUGAAGACAACAUCUACAAUAUCAGCUUCUCCCGCUUCAAAAUCAGAGACCUAGAGGGAGGAUCUGUCAUUCUGGACCUAAAGAGACACUGUCCAACAGAAAUUAAAGAUGUGAACGAGCAGGAGGCAGCUCGGUUUAUCCAGUAUCACUUCACUCCUGCGUUUCUGAAUUUGAGGGAGAUCGGUGCCACGUUGGAGUUUACUGUAGGCAGCAAGGCGGUGAACAGGUUCAGGCUGAUAGAGAGACACUAUUUCAGAGACAUGCUGCUGAAGACUUUUGACUUUGAAAUUGGCUUCUGCAUCCCACACAGCAGAAACACCUGUGAGCACAUCUACAGUUUACCAGACCUGGACCCACGCACCAUCGAGGAGAUGAUCUCCCACCCUUUUCAGACACGAUCAGACAGUUUCUACUUUGCAAACAACAAGCUAAUCAUGCACCACAAAGCUGAGUACUCCUUCUGCAAGGGUAUGGAGAUGGACAUGGAGUGACUGAAGUCUUCAUCAAGCAUUGCAAAUUUGAGUGACUGUCUUGUGUCCAGCUACUCUGUGUGUGAGCAUGUAUGACUGUGAUUUUGUGGAUAGAGAAAUGGGAUCAGGAACAUAAUGUCUUAUUUAAAGUGAUAGGUUGACCAUGAUACAAAUUUACAGUUUACCCCAUAUGCAACUGUUUAGUGUCUGAAGUUUACUGCUUUAGUUUUGGCCAAAGCAUGGAGAAAACUCAGGCUUCAGUGGCUGCUGCUGUUGUCAAUUAAUGUUGUACUUUAUUACUUAACUGUUCCAUACAGUUUAGAGCGAGUGUGCGAUGAAUAAAACAUGCUUACUGAUGAGAUCUGAACCAAAAUAAGAGGCAAAUUCCACUCAUUUUUCAAAUUUUCCACAUAAUGAAAUGGUUAAGAUGUAAACAAAAUCAUUCAGGGUGGUUCGUUGUGAAAUGUCCAGAGAAACUUUCUGAGUCAGAAUUGUUCACAGUGGUGAUAGGAACCAGACAUCUCAAGUGUUUAAUGCCUGAAAUGUUUAAUGAAGUGUUUAAUAAUUAAUUUAUUUUGAUUUAUUCAUGGUGGAGAGAUGUGUGGAGGGUGUUCUGAAGCAAAAUGGUCCCCAAAGAAUGUUUUUUUUUUUUCCGAUCUAUCACUAUUUUACCAUCAUCAACAUUAUAUAUAUAAAACUCAGAAGACUCGUGACCCCUGAAUCCCAUCACCACCAUUGUAGAGAAAUCUCAGUUGGCAAGGUUUCGCUAAAAAUGAAUGAUUUCACAUCCGGCCACCCUUUAUUUAUAUCUUAACCAAACAAUGAUGCAGAUAUUUUUUAAAAAUUGGUUAAGACCAAACAUUUCUUGGUUGAUUAAACUGUAAAAAUGAAAUCUUUGCAUUUGGAACUAUCACUGUUCUGGUCUUAGUGGGCCUGUUUACACUUUGCAUCAGCAAGCAUUUUCGGUGAUUGUAUAACGUUUGGAUUUCACUUGACCCCACGAAAAGCCAGGUGUAAACACCUCCAGAACACAUUGUAAGCAGAAUAUAAUCGGAUCACUUUUUGAUGCAUCUUGACAUUUAACACAAGUGCAAACAGAAUGCUAUUUUGUUACCUGUAAACAGUUACAUGAACCGAAAUGUGUCUGAUGAAUGCUGACUAGCUGGGGUGAGCAUGUGAACAAUGAAAAAAAAAGGCAGCAGAUACGCAAGGCUGGGCAUAUUCCCAAACCAAGAGCUUGGACGCUGCAAGAAGGCACUUCUGGUUGAUGAAAGUGUCCAAGCCAGGCUUGUUGGCUUCUAUCACAACAGGAAAGAAAAGUAAACAAAAGUAAAAUGUAAACAUGUAUGUUGAUGUGUGUUUUAUGCCUUGGAUCAAAUCGGAUCUCAUUUGGUCACAUUUUUGUGAAAAUGCAAGCUGGCCAAAGUUCAUCGUGAUAGAAUCCAGACACAAAACACACAUUAAUCAACGGUGUCAGUGACAGCAAAGGACCAGUGCUAGACUAGUUUCUGUGUAGCAGGUUAUUUUAGUACAGUAUUUAGGUUUGGCGCUGUGUGGUUCUUGUACAGCUGUAUGAUGUGUCAUGCUACUAACACUAACUAAAUGAAUAAAUACUCUUUAUCAGAAUGUCA